AUGAAUGUCAUCCUCAGAUACUCCAUUUUAUUCUGAGAGUAAAACUGGGCUCUCUGGUGCUAAAAGAAACAUGAGCUCUAGCAGCUACAAUAAAGAUGGAAUGGUUUGUAGGACAAGUCCAGCAACAAAAUGUGUGUCUGCAGAGACACUCAUCACCAGAGGGCUGGGCACCAGAUACAUUUCCUUCCAAAAUGCCAUCUUUCUUCUACAUAUUUUUCUUGGCUGUUGGGCUUUAUACUACUGUUCAUUGUUUUCCUGGUCCUCAGCAUGAAGGUAAAGGUAAUGAGAUCAACCAUUCUCCCCCAAAGAACUCAACCUUCUAUAAGAUGUCCACCAAUAAUGCUGACUUUGCAUUCAACUUAUAUAGAAAGCUGGCUUCAGAGAACACUGGGAGGAAUAUUUUCUUCUCUCCAGUGAGUAUUUCCUCAGCCUUGGCAAUGAUGUCCCUUGGGGCCCGAUCAGACACACAGACUCAGAUCCUAGAGUCCUUGGGCUUCAAUCUCACAGAGAUGCAAGAGAAGGAAAUUCACCAAGGUUUCCAUCACCUUAUCCACACCUUGAAUCUCCCUAACAAGGAACUUGAAUUAAAGAUAGGAAAUGCUCUCUUCAUUCAAAAGCAGGGGAAAAUUAUUUCCCAUUUCACAACUGAUGUCCAGAAGCUAUAUGAAUCAGAGACUUUCUCUAUUGACUUCUCAAAUGUUUCAGCAGCUGAACAGAAGAUCAAUAGCUAUGUGAAGAAGAAGACCAAAGGAAAAAUUGUAGAUCUGAUUAAAGAUCUUCUACCAAAUAUUUAUAUGAUUCUAGUGAACUAUAUUUUCUUUAAAGCCAAAUGGGAGAAACCUUUUGAUCCUCUGGAAACCAAACAAAAUGGUGACUUUUAUGUCAGUCAGUCAGAUGUGGUGAAAGUUUCCUACAUGCACCAAAAUGAAGAACAUUUUUACUUCGUGGACAGGAUGCUGAACUGCACCGUACUUCAGAUGGACUACAGUCAAAAUGCACUGGCUAUUUUUGUCCUUCCUGAUGAAGGUCAGAUGAAGCCACUUGAGGACACUCUAAUGUCAACAACUCUGAGGAGAUGGAACCACUUGCUCCAGAAAGGGCAAGUGAAUCUCUAUGUUCCAAAAUUUUCCAUUUCUGCCUCAUACAAGCUGGACACCAUCCUUCCAAGAAUGGGAAUUCAAGAUGCUUUCACUGACAAGGCAGAUUUUUCUGGUGUCUCAGAGCAUUACAAACUGAAGAUUUCAAAUGUGUUUCAUAAAGCUGUGUUAGAAGUUGGAGAAAAGGGAACUGAAGCUGCAGCCACCACAGAGAUAAGGAUAGAAUUUCGGUCAGCUUUCGGUGAUGAUGGUGCUUUGAUUGUCUUCAAUAAGCCCUUUCUGAUGCUAAUUUUGGAUAAAAUGACCCGAGGCAUUCUCUUUCUAGGAAAAGUGAUGAAGCCAAUGGAUUCAUAGCUGUGUAACUACUACUGGUGAACUACCUAUCAUUAUUGAAGUGGAAAAUAAAUAUAUACAAUGAACUAAAGGGACUGAUGUGUAUAGAGGCAAGAAAGUCUAGAUGAAAAAGUAUCAUCUCACACAUAGAUAGCAUUUUUGGUGUUGUGUCAUUUCAAUCAUGUCUGACUCUCAUAUUUAAAAUUAAUACCUCUCAGUUCUUAUUUUCCAUAAAACUUAUUAAUAAUCACUUGAGUAGAUAAGAAUAAAUUUAAAGUCUUUUUCCUUACUCUAAGUUUGACCACGUGCAGCCCCCUCCUGGAAAAAAUCUCUCUCACUCACCUGCCUCCUCCAGCCAAAGUUCUGUGCCAAAGACCCACAUGGGUUCCACCCAUGCCCUUUUAUUUACAUUCACUGAUGCAGCACUGGAAUGUAAAGAAUGUUGACAAAAUGGGUCAGCAAUGCAAGAGGGGGAAGGGAUGAACUUCCCUCCACACAAUCCCCCGGUGAUCCUUUGGGAGACUAGUCUCCCCAGUGGACCAUUUACACAUAACUAUCUUAUAUCGCUAAAGAUCUUCUAGCUAAAAGUACAUACAAUAUUGUACUUUCUAAGAGGAAGCUGCAAUAGUUAGAGAUAAGAGGGAAAUAUGAGAAGAAAAAUACAAAAACUGAUUGAUAGAUGUAUUGAAAAAAUGUCAAUUGGGGACAGUCCCCUUUGGCAUAAGAGUUUACAUUAAGAAUAAGUAUUUUCAACCCCCUUCAGUCCAGCUCAUUAUAUCCCAAAGUUCAUUGAAACAGUAUGUAAGUUCUUCAGGCAUCUUUACAGCGCCUUCUCCAAAAGAAUCAACUUUCUUGAUUCAGGAUGUUGGCAAUUUUCUUUUCCUGAAAUUUCUCCAAAAGAUUUUAAAUCUUGGAUUUUAGGAUAAUAACAAAAUUCUGGCCCCCCUGAGGAGGGUGUUGACCAACACCAGAAUCACUCCAGGAUACAUGGCUGAGUUAUGAGGUAUAUGAAACAAUUUUCAAAAGAAAAGCAACCCCCAAAAAAACCCAAAUAAAAGAGCAAAAAUUAAAUUCUGUAUAAAAAUAAUAAGUACAAAAAUAAUAAAAAUAAAAAUCUUAUGUGUAUAAAAUUCUGAGUAAAAAAAUAAGCCUGAAACAGCUCCUUGAAUUAUUAGCAAGGCCCAAGUAAAGUUGUUUAUUUCCCACAAGUCUGUAGGAUAAUUGCAGCAAUAUAGCACUUUGCCAAUUGGCAACCAGGACUACAAAAUUUGCCAAACUAUAAGAGAGAAGGGAAUAGGUUUCACCAGCAAAUGGGAAAAAUAAUUCCCUGGUCUGAUUUUACCUUCACUGUUAGGGAUAGGGGGAACCAGGAUGAUAGCCAAACUUCAGUACUUGACUGAGAAUAUUUCACAAGGAGUAUGGUAUGAGGAGUCCUGCAUCUUAACAUAUUUCAAGCAUCACAACCUUGAGUCUCACACUAGGUUCAAAUCCUUUCAUGUUGGCAUAGAAGUUCAACAAUCCUACCUGGAUUGGUUUAGUCCUUUCUUGACCUUGUGCUACUUGGCACUGUAUAGUGGCUCUUUUGUUCCCUUCUCCUGAAAUCAGACACAAUCAUUAAUCACAGUCCCAUAACAUUUAUCAAUAAAUGGCAGGUUUCCAUAGUCUAAAGCUUUUGGGUAUGCAUAGUUACUAGGGCUAAUAGAUACUGUAAACUUAUCAUUCAAGUCAGAAACAUUAAUAUUGAUUCCAUGUACUUCAAGUACUACCAAGGAUAGGAAAAAAGAAGAAAAAAAUCAAAUAUCCUAUUGCAAAUAUAAAGAAAAAAUAAUAAAAAAUCAUAAUUUCAUCAUUCACAUUCCAUGUGACAAUGUGUUAGUCAAGCAGAAGCACAAGACCAAGGCUGCUCAUUCAAAAAUGAGAUUUACUUCCCUUUUAACUUGGCCAGAAUCCACAGUAGGAGUGUACAUUUUUUUACCAGGUAAAAGCCUUUUAAAAACAGUAGUACAACAACUAAUACAUAUUCUAAGAAGUACCAAAAUCCUCAAAAUUAUAAGAACCCAUUUAUGACAAUAGCAAACAAACCCACUAUCAUUAGGAUUCACAUGAGUUUUUAUAGUCACUUGCUGUAUGACAUUCAAAAACCUAUGAAUUCAUGGAUAUUUGUCACAAGUUCUCCAGAUCUAACCAAUCUUUUAACCUUGACUGAGAUAUUUUUAACAAAGUCUAUCAUUACCAUCAUUCCAAAAUGUGGCAGAGAAACCACAAAAACCUCUAUACUGUUGAUGAAAACCUUUUGGGUCUAAAACUAUCACCAAGAAUCUAGAUUAUUCUGGUGGAAUGGUAGGGAAUAAGCUGAAGAAUUACAAUUAUAAUAAACUCAUUUCAAGACUACUAGGCUUCACAGGAAAAAUCAUUCCCACCUCCCAAAUGAGAUUAUAACCCAUCUCAGGGUAACUAAGACACUUGGGCACAUCCCUCCCUUUUGGUAUGAGACUGUAACAGUGUAACAGAACUGUAUCCAAUAUGUCCCACUCAUUUUCAUGUGGAACCAAGGUCUAAAAAGUGAAAAUCACUUCAGAUGUGUCAUCUAUUACAUUUUCAAUAAAUGCAGAGAUGGGAAAA